AUGGCCUCGGCUACACAAGUUAAGCUGCUUGGCAGCUCGAAUUCUUCUCUCACGCUUCAAAUCAAACCAUUGGAUGGCUCGAAUGCCGACUCUCAUGUCUCCAUGGAUGAAGCAGCCUACUUGGCCGGUCUCUGUCGUACCGCUCUCAACGAUCUGAAUACUCAUAUGGUCGACAUUCUCAAGCCUUCGCAUGGCUACACGGCAGAUGAUAUCCUUGAAUUGCCACUCGACAAGCAUAGGAUCGAGGACAUCCUACACGACUUGCCUAGCCGGAAAUCGACUCGUCACAACCUCGCUGUGGCUGUAUCUUCACUGCUACACCCGGUUCACGAUGGCUCACUGACAUCCAUCAUUCGCUACGACGCCGACCGUGUUCGUCUUCGCGCAUGGGCUUCCCUCCAGCGUCGUUAUGACCUGCUACAAGCCACCAAACGCAAUGGCAAAAUGGCUCCUGGCAUGACUGGCGGCGUCGAGCCUGGCGUCCAGGCCCCUGCUUGGGCUAGCCGCAUCACCGGACAGGGACCGUGGGAUGCCGUCAAGAAACCCAUAUCGGUAAGCGGUCCGAAAGCUGUCCCCAUGCCGGUACAGAUUGCCCAAGCAGAAGAGCUAGUGCCAUUCUUCGAGCAUCUAUCCAAAAGCGGCGACCAUGAGAUUAACGGCGUGGAUGGUGCUGCUGAGCUCCAUGAUGGCAACGGCGAGCCGUAUUACAGCGUCCGUGGCGCAGAGUUCCGUCGAGGAGUCGUGUAUGAAGAUGGUCGGAUGGAUCUCUGCAAAAUGGUCGUCGGCCCUGACCAUAUCGGGCGGUUGAUGGAGAGCCUGCGGACGAACACUCACGUUCGGCACUUCUUGCUGGGCAAUAAUAUCAUCGGUCCAACUGGCGUCCGUGCCAUUGCUCAGUUCAUCAACGACUUCCCAGAUCGCAUGGACACUUGGUAUCUUGCGGGCAAUUGCAUCCAAGGCGGGGAGAACUUCAAGACUCUGGUAGAUGCGCUGGUUAAGUCGCCUGCCGUGACUAAUAUCUGGUUGAAACGCAAUCCUCUUGGGCCAGAUGCCGCCGAGGACGUGUAUCGUCUCAUCACCGAGACGAAGAACUUGAGCACACUAGACCUUGAUCAAACCGAGCUCGGAGACCGCGGCGUUGCUGAAUUGUUCACCCGCCUGGCCGCUUAUUCCCCCCCUGAUGGCAACAAGCUACCUCUUCGACAGAUUUACUUGAAUGGCGUUGGCAUGUCGACCAAGGGAGCCGCUGCCAUCGGCAAAUUCCUCGAAUCGCCGCAUUGUGGUGUAACUUCGAUUUACAUGUCACUCAACCCGCUUGGAGAUGAGGGCGUCCAGGCUCUCGCUGAAGCACUGCCCAAGGCACCGUAUCUGGCUCGACUGCUCGUACAAUCGGUUGGAGUCAGCACCCAAGGUGCCGUGGCGCUGUGCAAAGCCUUGACUGGACAUCCCUGUAUCCGGACUUUUGACCUGGGUCAGGCAUAUGCCACCGAAGACCUUGACCAAGCGUACAAUUACAUCGAAGAUGAAGCUGUGCCAGCCAUAUCGGAACUCUUCAGGAACACGCCCCAGCUGCAGUACUUCAACUUGGGACAUUGCGCCACCACGCCGCCUGGUCUCCUCAAGCUGACGCCGGCGAUUCUGGAGAACCCAAGCUUGAUAUACUUCUUUGCAACAUCAAUCUUGGCGGACCCGUCUAGGAAAUCUGUGACUUUUGUGCCGUCCAUUGACUCGGCAUUCCCUCAUCCAGAUGCGCCCUCUACAGAGCAGAUCAAGUCUGAAAAGGCGAUCCGAGAGCACCUUGAGGUUAAUGUGAAGAAGACUUUUGGCCAAGACGUGUCGUACACUGACUUCAUGGCUGAGGAGAAACGUUGGCUGGUUAGCGACAAAGUGGUUCGCAAAAUCGACAGCGUGUAUCGUAAUCGGGAUGCCGGGCUGGCUCGUCGCCGCUUGCUGACUCUUGUUAAAGACUGGGAGGAAGGCGAUGAGACUUUGCAGAGGGUUAUGGAUGUUGGACAGCACUGA